AUGAGGAGAGCAGAGGUAGCAAUCAUCGCAACACCCUACAUGGGCAACCUUGUUCCUGCCGUUGAGUUUGCAACCCGCCUCAUCAACCACCAUCCCGGUCGUAUCGCCGUCGCAAUACUCACCAUCUCCAUGCCUCAAAUGCCACUCAUCGAAGACUACGUCCAAUCACGCACCUCCAUCGAACAUAUCCGAUUCAUCCAAAUCCCUCCGGUUGACCCACCGCCGCCGGAUCAAUACGACUCCAGGAUCGAGUUUACUUCACUCUACAUAGGAAACCACAAAUCCAUAGUCAAACAAACACUCAAAACCCUCUCAGCCUCGGUUCCACUCGCCGGAUUGUUCGUGGAUAUGUUCUGCACUUCUAUGAUUGACGUCGCCAACGAUCUAGACAUUCCAUGUUACCUUUUCUUCGCAUCUCCGGCAGCUUAUCUGGGUUUUGUACUCCACCUCACAACCUUGCCGGCAACCGAGUCAGUUGACUCGGCAAACGAGUUAAUAGUACCAAGUUACGCCAAACCCAUUCCUUCAUACGCCCUUCCAACGUUCUGUAUCAAGAAAGACGAAUUUGGUUACUCGACGUUUGUAAGUCACGCGCUUAGAUACAAAGAGACCAAGGGUAUCAUUGUAAAUACGUUCCAAGAGCUCGAACCCUAUUCCAUUGACUCUCUGUCUUCCAGUUACAUGGAUUUGCCACCAAUUUACCCGGUUGGACCGAUAAUUGAUCAUGUUGGACCGGCUAAGUGGCACUCAAACCGUUCUAGGCAUGAAAAAACCAUCGAAUGGCUCGAUCAUCAGCCUGAAUUAUCAGUUGUUUUCCUCUGUUUUGGUAGCAUGGGGGGAUUAAACCGGGCCCAGGUGAGAGAAAUAGCUACCGGUCUGGAGCGAGCUGGGUACCGGUUCUUGUGGGCAUUACGUGAACCGGCGAAGGAGAAUUUAAAGCUUCCAAACGAUUAUGAACAUCUUGAUGAGUCUUUGUUUCCAGAUGGGUUCAUUGAUCGAACAGCUGAGAUAGGAUUGAUCUGUGGGUGGGUCCCGCAGGUGAGUGUGCUGGCACACAAAGCAAUUGGUGGGUUUGUAUCCCAUUGUGGCUGGAACUCAGUCUUGGAGAGCAUAUCGUACAGUGUACCGAUUGCCACGUGGCCUUUAUACGCAGAGCAACAGUUGAAUGCUUUUGAAAUGGUACGAGAGCUCGGAUUGAGUGUGGAGAUAAGGUUGGAUAGUAGAGAUAAGGGUGGUGAUCUGGUGUUGAAGGAGGAAGUUGAGCGGGGUGUGAGGGAGUUGAUGGACGGUGGUGAUGGUAAGUUGAGGGAAAAGGUCAAGGAAAUGAGUGAGAUGAGCAAGAAAGCUUUGAUGGAAAAUGGAUCAUCUUUUAGAGCUGCGGAGGAUUUGAUUAAUAUUCUUCUAUCGAACGUAUAA